AUGCCAGAGGUAUGCCUCGAUCCUUUGAAACACAGAGGUGGGAGCACUUGCACAAAGCACUCCGACGCUCAAUCGCACUUCGCCGUAGCUUGUCACGUGUCGUCGGCGUCACCCGACUCACCCCCUCCUUGUUACUUCGCAUGCCGGGCUGACCAGAAGCUCCGCGCCUAUCAGGCUCCUCUUCUACAGUCUGCUACGCGCUUCCAUUUUCUCGGUGUGUUGAUAUUCAGUAUUUCUCUUCAAUCUGCUGAGCCUGUCACCGGAACCGGAGCCCCUUUUCUCUCAGCGCGUCGCUGUCUUCCUCCUCUGUCCGCAAAAGAUAUUUUAAAAUUUAUAAGCAUAGAGAUGAAACAUGCGGCGGAGGCUGCACCGGAGGAAAACUGCUCUGCCAAGCCAGCCUCCAAGGGGGAGGGUCUCUGCCAGUACUACUCUCUCCACAUCCAUGAGCUACAGCUCUUUCUCUGCCAGAAAACGCACAAUCUCAACCGUCUCGAGGCUCAGCGCAAUGAGCUCAAUUCUAGAGUGAGGAUGCUCAGGGAGGAGUUGCAGUUUCUCCAGGAGCCCGGAUCGUAUGUAGGGGAAGUUGUGAAAGUUAUGGGAAAGAGCAAAGUCUUAGUCAAGGUUCAUCCAGAAGGGAAAUAUGUGGUGGACAUUGAUAAAGAUGUUAACAUUACAAAGAUUACUCAAUCGACAAGAGUAGCUCUUCGUAAUGAUAGUUAUGUCCUUCAUUUAAUUCUACCGAGCAAAGUUGAUCCAUUGGUCAAUCUGAUGAAAGUUGAGAAAGUUCCGGAUUCUACUUAUGACAUGAUUGGUGGCUUAGACCAGCAAAUCAAGGAGAUUAAAGAGGUCAUUGAGCUACCAAUUAAACAUCCCGAACUGUUUGAAAGUCUUGGAAUAGCUCAACCUAAGGGUGUUCUACUCUAUGGGCCACCUGGUACUGGAAAAACGUUGUUGGCUAGGGCAGUGGCUCAUCAUACUGACUGUACCUUCAUCAGGGUAUCUGGGUCUGAAUUAGUUCAGAAAUACAUUGGAGAAGGUUCCAGAAUGGUCAGGGAACUUUUUGUCAUGGCCAGGGAGCAUGCUCCAUCAAUUAUCUUCAUGGACGAAAUUGACAGUAUUGGAUCUGCUCGAAUGGAAUCUGGAAGUGGCAAUGGUGAUAGUGAGGUGCAGCGCACUAUGCUGGAACUUCUCAACCAGCUAGAUGGAUUUGAAGCUUCAAAUAAAAUCAAGGUUAUACAAAAAAUAUGCAAUACAGGUUUUGAUGGCACAAACCGGAUUGAUAUCCUGGAUCAAGCCCUCCUUAGACCUGGACGAAUUGACAGGAAGAUUGAAUUUCCAAACCCAAAUGAGGAGUCUCGACUAGAUAUUUUGAAAAUUCAUUCAAGAAGAAUGAACUUAAUGCGUGGCAUUGAUUUGAAGAAGAUUGCUGAGAAGAUGAAUGGAGCAUCUGGUGCAGAGCUUAAGGCCGUGUGUAUAGAAGCUGGAAUGUUUGCUUUGAGGGAGAGCAGAGUACAUGUGACACAGGAGGACUUUGAGAUGGCUGUGGCCAAGGUUAUGAAAAAGGAAACAGAGAAGAACAUGUCAUUGCGGAAGUUGUGGAAGUGAUUUUUCGUUUUAACUUUGGUACUAUAAUAUUGUCAAUUUUAUGGUAUAAUAGUUUGGUGAGUUCUAUGGUGCCUUUUACUAUGGUGCCUAAAUUGUCUAACUUGCUUUUAAAGGUAAAAAAUAAAAUGUUUAAAGUAAAAAGUAAAAUAUUUAAAAUUUAUUAAAUAUUAUGAAUUUGCCUUUUUUGAUAAGUUAGGCACAAUGUCAAAGGCACCAUAGCAACAAUAUUGAUUAUAAGUACUCAAUAUUAAUAAUUAUGAGAUUGAUGGUUGUUAU